GAGAUCCGCAUCUCGUAAAAAAGUAUCUAGUAGAAUAUGCUCCACCUUCUAGGGCAUUUGCUGAUGUCACAGACCAUGCCCAGCAGCGGGUCAGGCAAGGAAGAGGAGGAGGAGCGAAGAACACUGUAGCAGCGCGACGGCGGCGCCAACAGCUGGAAUGCAGCUCUUCCUCACUGUAGCCAGGCGCAUUCUCUCUCCUCCAGAUCCUUGAUUGUCGCGCAUUUCCUAGGGGAUGGUACUACGAUCGGCGCUGUGAGUCGUGGGAAUUGGGCAGAGAUGCGGGGUUCGAUCAAUCCUCUACGCGUUCUAGCGAAGAAGACGGAGAAUUCUCAGCCGGGGGACCAGGAGGCGCCGCCGCAGGCUUUGCCCCCUCCACCAUCGUCCAAGAAGAGCAAAUGGGGGCUCUCUGGAAGUGCCAGGCGCUCGAAGAAAGGCGAGAGAGAGGUACCUGGCGACCACAAAAUAAAUAUCAAGGAUGAGGACUUGGAUUUGCUGGGGGAGAUUGUCAUGACGGGUAUGGUGGCUCCUCCAGGCACUGGCACGCAAGAGAACAUAAACAUGGCUACUGUGGAGGUCCACGCCAAGCUCACUACCAAGGCACUCAUCUGGGGUCUUCACUGUUUGAGGCUCGAAGACGUUGUCGCUGUAAGUUCUUUCUUCUUUCUUCUUUCGUUUCUUCGCUUGGUUGCUCAUUCGUGUAACUUGCCAGGUUUCUUACAGCGACGGAAGUCGACGCUUUACAAUUCACUCGUAUCAAGUCACGAAAGAGAAAUGGAUCUCGAGCUCGCGGAGUGGGUCUCUGCCUUCGCCGACCAAGGUUGCCACAUCAACUUUUUGAGGCACCCGCUCGCAUCCUCGAAGAAGAAGAGCACUGUUGUCGAUGCGGGAUCCUCUCCGUCUCCCUCGAUCAGGUGCCGGUCCCGUCCUACGGUGCUUGUCAUUCUGAAUCCUCGCUCCGGUCGUGGUCGUGCUCGCAAGGUGUUCAGUAAGGCGGAGCCAGUCCUGAAGCUGGCUGGUUUUAGACUUACAAUUGUCGAGACCACGGAUGCCCGUCACGCUCAAACACUGGCAUCUACUGUCGAUCUCUCUACUUGUCCAGAUGGAAUUAUUUGUGUUGGUGGCGACGGGAUUGUGAACGAGGUGUUGAACGGCUUACUUAGCAGAGAUAAUCCACACAGAGCAUCGGAGGUUCCCAUUGGCAUUAUCCCGGCCGGCUCUGAUAACUCGUUGGUAUGGACCGUCUUAGGUAUUCGCGAUCCCGUCUCCGCUGCUGUUGCAAUCGUGAAGGGAGGCAUGGUGGGUAUGGAUGUUCUUGGCGUGGAAUGGACAAAAACUGGUGCUGUUCAUCUUGGCUUUACAAUUGCAUAUUAUGGAUUUAUGAGUGAUGUCUUGGAGCUUUCUAGUAAAUACCAGAAAAGGUUUGGACCAUUGCGGUACUUCGUAGCAGGUGCUCUGAAGCUACUCCGUUUGCCGCAGUACAAGUGUGAAAUAGAUUUCGUCCCAGUCGACACCAAGAAAGACGAAGCCAGCGGCCCGAACGUUCGUCUGGAAGUCGACAGACAUGGAGACCUCGAGGCAGGGACCAUCGAGGCCAUCUUUUCAAGAAGCACUUCGACGGAGAAUGAUCACGAUGCUACAAACGAGCCAUCCGACUACGUCAGAGGCCUCGACGGGAAGACAAAGAAGCAACUCUCGACUCGAGCUUCCUUUCCCGGUUGCUGCACCGAGGAGGCUCUUUCCGUCCACCACGGAACAACUAGUCCGUCUCCGAGGCCACGGACGAGGUCCAAGUCGAGGUCCGAGAAAAGCUGGUCGGGGCUGAGCGUGGACGGCGAGUCGGCCAGAGUUUCGCGUGCCAACUCUGUGAUCUCUUCCAACGGGGAAGCAGAAAACGUGUCGUCGGCACCGAAGUGGGACAGUCCAGCACCGAAGUGGGACAGUCCAGCACCGAAAUGGGACAGUCCGGGACCGAAAUGGGACAGUCCAGUCGACUCCAGAUUCAGCUCCGAGUCGGAUAGCUUCCCACCGUCCAGUGACAGCGUGGUGCCAAAGUGGGAGCACAGGCAGGGAUACUUUCUGGGAAUUAUGCUGUGCAACCAUCAGUGCAAGACGGUGCAGUGCCUACCAUCUCAAGUUCUUGCUCCCGGGGCCGAGCACGACGACGGGAACCUCGACUUGAUCAUCGUGCGAGCAGUGGGCCGGUUGCAACUCCUGCGUUUCUUCUGGUCGAUGCAGUUCAACCGUCACUUGAAACUACCAUUCGUCGAGUACAUCAAGGUGCGCCAAGCUAUACUAAAAACCGCAGGAAAUGAUCUUCAAGGUUGUGGGAUCGAUGGCGAGCUCCUGGAGCUAAACAGUCCGAUAUCAGCAGCGUUGCUACCGUAUCAAUGCCGCCUUAUUGGUCGUGCGAGACCCCGCCAGCAGUGAAAGAAGAUCGAGAGCACGCAGCGGUUUUCCCCUCCUGUAAGUAUUGUCUCUAGCUUUUUGGUUUUCUUCUCGCGCUUCUCUUUGAUAGAGCUAUGAUGCUUCUCGUUUUCUUCUUGCGAUUUUGAUAAGACUACACACAUUUUGAUA